AUGAUGUCCCAAACGCCGGGCGGUCCGGAGCCGGGGAUGAGGUCGCCGGCUCCGGCUUUUAUUUCGCUCGGCAUGGUUGUGAUUGAUGAGCUCCGUUUCCCAGACGGGAGAGUUCUUCGCGACGUUCCUGGCGGUUCUGGGCUUUAUGGUACUCUCGGCGCACGCCUUGCCGUUCCGCAAAAUGAGUCUGCGACCGUGUGGUGUGUCAUCACUGCUGGAUCUGACUUCCCGACUGCUGUGAGGCAGCAGAUUGAGGGAUGGGGUGUCACCGUUCAUUAUGACGAGACGCCGGAUAGGCUGUCAACGAGAGGUCUGUUAGAAUAUGAGAAUGAUGCCUUUGGAAAAAAGACGUUUCGUUAUACCGUGCCACCUUUGCACCCUGACUUAACUCGGCUUCCUAGACCGCUUCUCCAGUCUUCGGUGAUUCACACCCUGGCGACGCCAGAAGAUCUCGAACGCCAUAUGGAAACUCUUACGAACCUCCGCGGUAAAAUGGAGAACCCAAGUUCCCUAAUCGCAUGGGAACCAUCGCCUCUCAAUAUUCACAACCGCGAAGCCAAGCACUUGAGAGCUCUCCACCUCUCGGACAUCUGCUCCCCCAAUGACCACGAACUCCUACGCAUGAAAGGCAUAGACGAGAGUCCGGGAGUCCCUUACAACAGAGCACUGAUUGAAUACCAUGCUAUCAAUCUCUCAAGAGGCGACACGGUCCCGGGACAACCUGCUUUGCCAGAAAAGGCGCGGAACAGACCGCGGGCUACGGUCAUCAGGUGCGGCGAACAAGGCUGUCUCACGAUCCCCCGGGGCGGCAACCCAAUGUGGCUGCCCCCUUUCUACGAUAAUGGCUCUUCGAAAGUCUUAGAUCCGACAGGGGCCGGUAAUGCGUUCCUCGGAGCGUUUGCGGUUACUUUCGCGAGGACGGGUGACGCGGUGCUCGCGUCCGCGUAUGGGUCUGUGGCGGCCAGCUUCGUUAUCGAGCAGAUUGGUCCGCCGCGAAUGGAGGUCAUCGACGGCAGAGAGUGCUGGAAUGGGGAGGCAUUUGAGGACAGGCUGAGGCAAUAUCAGGACAAGGUCGCGACGUGGCCGACCGAUGUGGGACUGCAGAGCAAGCAGACAUAGAACCAUAGUAUGGUAAUAGAACAGAUCGAG